CAAUCGCACGAAAUAUUUACCACGACUUUGCGAAUGACCUGAAGAAGUCACCGUACGUUUGUACAGCAAACACAAUGGACAGUGUCAGCGACAGCACAACCGUCAAAACGUUGUGGGAGCAUAUUAAACAGAUGGACGCUUCGCGUAUCGGAUUAUUUUUUUGCAUAACGGCUGCAACAAUCUUUUUGAUUUUAAUGCAUUUCACACAAACCACCGUUGACAGUGGCAGAUAUCAGAUCGUAAACAGUAGCGACAGCGAUAGCGGAUACGACGAUGCGGAUGACAUCGACAAUUUAAAAAAUAACUUGUUUUGUAAUAACUAAUCGUUUGGACGCGCUCGGUCGAGAUUACAUAGCAAUCGAUGAUCGUGUUUUUAUAUUGGAAAAACGUAUUGAAACAGUAGAACGAACGUGCCAUUGAAAUUUCAACGGGUGUUAUUUAAACAAAAUAGCUGACAAACGAAAUUAGACUAAUAAUGUUUUUUUUUUUUUAAUGAUUUUCAAGAUAGUAAUGUAAAUAUUACAAAUGAUAUCGUACUUUGAUAAAUUGAAUAAUUAAUUAUUUUUAUAUGUGAAACUAAAAAAAAAACAACUCAUUUUAAUAUGUAAAAAAAUUUACUAUACUAAUACAUCUUUCAAAAAUUUAAGAGAGUUGUAGUAUUUUCACGCGUUGAAUGAAAUCUACAAAAAAAAAAUCAGACCAUGUGUGACUUUACUAGCUUUAGUACCCACACAAAAUUAAUUUGCUCAGUUUAAUCAUUCCACUGAUUGCAACUUACACUGUUGUUUGGUUAUACAUUUAGUAUCGAUGUGUAUUCGAUUAAAAAUGGACAGUGGAAAUGAAACGUAUAAGGCGUAUGAAAAUCGCCUCAAUGAAAAUUCAGGAUAUGAUGUUUGUGGAUUUUAUUGUUCGACGUCUAAUGACCAGCAGCCUAGAAUUAAACUCUCUAAACACAAAGAGUUUGCCGAUUAUAACACUCGUUUAAAGACUUUUGAAAACUGUCCAAAAAAAUUGGAAUCAAAAAUAUCAACACUUUGUGAUGCUGGAUUUUUAUACAUAGGUAAUGGACAAAAUGAUCAAAUGUUAUGUUACUGCUGCAGUCAAGGUUUGAAAGAUUGGGAUGAUGAAGACGACCCAUGGGUAGAACAUGUACGUUGGUCUCCUAGCUGUACACAUAUAUUGUUAUGUAAGGGUCAGUUAUUUAUCCAAAAUAAUAAAAUAACGAAAUAAGACUACUAUUAUUUGUUAUUUUGAUUUUCAUAUAAAUAAUACAAUCACUAUCAUUCUUAUAUAUUAUUGUAAUUUGAAAUAAAUAAAUGAACAUUUUUAAUAUUGUAUCUUGUGUGUUAUAUGAAAACAUAUAAAAGGUAUGGUGGGUAAUAAAUAAAAAUAGCAAUAUUUAGUAAA